CCCUCAGUAACAAUUCUGUGUCUGUCCCUGAGUAACAAUUCUGUGUCCCUGAGUAACAAUUCUGUGUCCCUAGUAACAAUUCUGUGUCCCUCAGUAACAAUUCUGUGUCCCUCAGUAACAAUUCUGUGUCUGUCCCUGAGUAACAAUUCUGUGUCCCUGAGUAACAAUUCUGUGUCUGUCCCUGAGUAACAAUUCUGUGUCCCUCAGUAACAAUUCUGUGUCCCUCAGUAACAAUUCUGUGUCCCUGAGUAACAAUUCUGUGUCCCCUGAGUAACAAUUCUGUGUCCCUGAGUAACAAUUCUGUGUCCCUCAGUAACAAUUCUGUGUCCCUCAAGUAACAAUUCUGUGUCCCUCAGUAACAAUUCUGUGUCCCUCAGUAACAAUUCUGUGUCCCUAAGUAACAAUUCUGUGUCCCUAAGUAACAAUUCUGUGUCCCUCAGUAACAAUUC